AUGAAACAACAGUACCUUUAGAAUCUUCAACCAAAGCUGUUACAACAAAUACACAGUCCACUGAUAGUCUAACAACAGUGAUAACAACAGAUAAUACAGAAUCCUCAGUACCUUUAGAAUCAUCAACCAAAGCUGUUACAACAAAUACACAGUCCACUGAUGAAAAUACAGAAUCCUCAGUGCCUUCACAAUCUACAACCCAAGCUGUUACAACAAAUAUACCGUCUACUGAUCAACCAACAACACUGAUAACAACAGAAAAUACAGAUUCCACAGUGCCUUCACAAUCUUCAACCAAAGCUGUUACAACAAAUACACCGUCUUCUGAUCAACCAACAACACUGAUAACAACAGAUAAUACAGAUUCCACAGUGCCUUCACAAUCUUCAACCCAAGCUGUUACAACAAAUACACCGUCUUCUGAUCAACCAACAACACUGAUAACAACAGAUAAUACAGAUUCCACAGUGCCUUCACAAUCUUCAACCCAAACUGGUACAACAAAUACACCGUCUACUGAUGGUCAAACAACACUGAUAACAACAGAUAAUACAGAAUCUUCGACCCAAGCUGUUUCAACAAAUACACCGUCUACUGAUCAACCAACAACACUGAUAACAACAGAUAAUAAAGAAUCAUCAGUGCCUUCACAACAUUCAACUCAGGCAGUAACGACAACUACUGCGUUUACUGAUGAACUGACAACACAGAUUGUAACAGACAACACGGAAUCCACGACAUCCUCACAACCAUCUACCCGAUCUGAAGCAACAUUAACACAACCCAAUGAUAACACAAUGACAAAAAACCUGUCAACACAAUUCAAAGAAAUGAAUGGGAUAAGACUUCAGAAAGACAUAUUAGCAACUCUUCAGUUUACAGUCCUUCUGUCUUUCAGUCCUACUGUAGUAGAGGAUCUCUGA